CCUCGCCGGGCCUCGCCCGUCCCAGCCCGCGGCCGGCGCGGAGCGGUGGCACCCGGCGAGCGAGCCAACCCCUCCGCGCCCCCGCCGGCUCCCGCAGCCCCGCCAUGGGGGGCAGCGGCGAGCGCCGGGCGCUGUGGCUGUGGGUGCUGUGGCUGUGGGUGCCUGCGCGGUGUGGCGGCGCCAUGGACGAGUGCGCGGAGGAACGGAGCGGGCGGGCGCAGCGCUGUAUGCCCGAGUUCGUGAACGCGGCGUUCAACGCCACGGUGCUGGCCACGCACACGUGCGGGACGCCGGCCGAGGAGUAUUGCGUGCAGACGGGCGUCACCGGCGUCACGCAGUCCUGCCACCUCUGCGACGCCGCCCAGCCGCACCUGAGCCAUGGUGCCGCCUUCCUCACCGACUACAACAGUCCGGCCGACGCGACCUGGUGGCAGAGCCGCACCAUGCUGGCCGGUGUGCAGCACCCCACCGCCGUGAACCUCACCCUGCACCUGGGAAAAGCCUUUGACAUCACAUACGUGCGCCUGAAGUUCCACACCAGCCGGCCCGAGAGCUUUGCCAUCUACAAGCGCACGCGGGAGGACGGCCCGUGGGUGCCCUACCAGUACUACAGCGGCUCCUGCGAGAGCACCUACCGCAAAGUCAACCGCGGCUUCAUCCGCACCGGCGAGGACGAGCAGCAGGCGCUCUGCACCGAUGAGUUCAGCGACAUCUCCCCUCUCACCGGGGGCAACGUGGCCUUCUCGACGCUGGAGGGGCGUCCCAGUGCCUACAACUUUGACAACAGCCCCGUGCUGCAGGAAUGGGUGACAGCUACAGAUAUUAGAGUGACCCUCAACCGUCUGAACACGUUUGGAGAUGAAGUUUUCAAUGACCCAAAAGUUCUCAAGUCUUAYUACUAUGCGAUUUCUGAUUUUGCUGUGGGUGGUAGGUGCAAAUGCAAUGGACAUGCGAGCGAGUGUGUGAAGAACGAGYUCGGCAAGCUGGUCUGCAACUGCAAGCACAACACCUUCGGGGUGGACUGUGAAAAGUGCCUUCCUUUCUUCAACGACCGCCCAUGGAGGAGAGCGACUGCGGAGAGCGCCAAUGAGUGCCUGCCGUGCGACUGCAAUGGGCGCUCCCAGGAGUGCUACUUCGACCCCGAGCUGUACCGUGCCACGGGCCACGGCGGCCACUGCACCGCCUGCGCCGGCAACACGGAUGGAGCCCGCUGCGAGCGCUGCCGCGACAGCUUCUACCGCCUGGCCAGUGACGAGGCCUGCCUGCCCUGCAGCUGCAACCCAGUUGGCUCCCUCAGCACRCAGUGUGACAGCUACGGCCAGUGCAGCUGCAAACYGGGCGUUAUGGGGGACAAGUGUGACCGGUGCCAGCCRGGCUUCCACUCUCUCUCUGAAGCUGGGUGCAGGCCCUGUUCUUGCAAUGCUGCUGGCAGCACAGGGGAAUGCAACAUUGAAACGGGGCGGUGUGCGUGCAAGGACAAUGUGGAAGGAUUCCACUGUGAGAGAUGCAAGCCUGGAUUUUUCCAUCUGGAUUCCUCCAAUCCAAGAGGCUGUACUCCCUGCUUCUGUUUUGGACACUCUUCAGUCUGCACCAGUGCUGUGGGCUACAGUAUCUAUAGCAUCACCUCCAACUUCCAGUUUGGAGAGGACGAGUGGCGUGCUGAGCAGCGCGAUGGCUCUGAAGUCGUGCUCCAGUGGAGUCCUGAGACCCAGGAUAUCUCCGUUAUCUCGGACACCUAUUUCCCCAUGUACUUCGUUGCGCCACGCAAGUUCUUGGGCAACCAGGUUUUGAGUUACGGACAAAACUUGACCUUCUCCUUCCGCGUGGACAGGCGGGACACGCGCCUCUCUGCGGAGGACCUGGUUCUGGAAGGGGCUGGGCUGAGAGUGUCGGUGCCACUCAUUGCCCAGGGCAACUCCUACCCCAGUGAGAACACACAGACCUACACCUUCAGGCUCCACGAGGCUGCAGAUUACCCGUGGAGGCCUGCUCUUUCAGCAUUUGAGUUCCAGAAGCUUCUCCACAACUUGACUUCCAUCAAGAUCCGUGGGACAUACAGUGAGAGAAGUGCUGGUCACCUGGAUGAUGUCACCAUCACAAGUGCUCAUCCCGGACCCGGUGUGCCUGUGACUUGGGUGGAGAGCUGCUCAUGUCCAGUGGGAUAUGAGGGGCAGUUCUGUGAGCGCUGCACCUCUGGGUACCGGCGAGAGACCCCGAGCCUUGGGCUCUACAGCCCCUGCGUGCCUUGCACGUGCAACGGGCACAGCGAGACGUGCGAUCCUGAGACAGGCAUGUGCAAUUGCAGGGAUAACACGGCGGGGGCUCACUGUGAGAAGUGCAGUGAUGGCUAUUACGGCGAUGCCACGGCUGGCACAGCCUCAGACUGCCAGCCCUGCCCGUGCCCAGGCAGCUCGAGCUGUGCCGUUGUGCCCCGCACCAAGGAGGUUGUGUGCACCAGCUGCCAGGCUGGCACUACAGGCAAGAGGUGUGAGCUCUGUGAUGAUGCCUAUUUCGGAGACCCACUGGGUGAAAAUGGUGCRGUGAGGCCCUGCCGCCUGUGCCAGUGCAAUGACAACAUCGACCCCAACGCYGUGGGCAACUGCGACCGCCAGACUGGCGARUGCCUCAAGUGCAUCCACAACACUGCCGGCUUCUACUGCGAUCGCUGCAAGGAUGGCUUCUUCGGGAACCCCCUGGCCCCCGACCCUGCCCACAAGUGCAGAGCUUGUCACUGCAAUCCCUAUGGCACCGUGAAUCAGCAGACGAUAUGCAAUCAAGUGACUGGGCAGUGUGAGUGCUUGUCUCAUGUCACCGGGAGGGACUGCAGUGCCUGUGAGCCUGGAUUCUUCAACCUCCAGAGUGGACGUGGCUGUGAGAGGUGCAACUGCCACGCACUGGGCUCCACCAACGGGCAGUGUGACAUCCAGACGGGGCAGUGCGAGUGCCAGCCGGGUGUCACUGGCCAGCACUGCGACAGAUGCGAGGGCAACCACUUUGGCUUCGGCUCCGAAGGCUGUAAACCCUGCGACUGUGAUCCUGAGGGCUCGCGCUCCCUGCAGUGCCAGGAGAAUGGCCGCUGUGAGUGCAAGGAGGGCUUCGUGGGRAACCGCUGUGACCAGUGUGAGGAGAACUAUUUCUACAACCGCUCGUGGCCAGGCUGCGAGGAGUGUCCAGCUUGUUACAGAUUAGUGAAAGAUAAGGUGGCAGAGCAACGCGAAAGGCUGCGGGAGCUGGAAAAUCUUAUAGCAAACCUGGGUACUGGAGAAGACGCUGUAACUGAUGAAGCCUUCGAAGAGAGGUUGAAGCAGGCAGAGAGAGAAGUUACGGAGUUGCUUCAUGAAGCACAAAAGAGCAAAGACGUGGAUCAGGGCCUCAUGGAUCGUCUCAAAGACAUCAACAGCACCUUAGUGAGUCAGCUCAACAGGCUGAGGAGCAUCCAGGGCACGGUGAGGGACACAGAGAGCCUGGCAGAGCAGGCCCGGGUGCGGGUGGAGGACACUGAGGACCUGAUCAGYCUGGCUUCUGAGAUGCUGGAGAAGGCCAAGAUGGCAGCUGACAAUGUGUCCAUUACACCUCCAGAGCAAAGUGGUGACCCCAACAACAUAACUCUGUUGGCAGAAGAGGCCCGUAAACUGGCGGAAAGGCACAAAAAGGAAGCUGAUGAGAUCGUUCAAAUGGCCAAGGCUGCAAAUGACACUUCCACAGAAGCGUAUCAACUGCUGCUGAAGACCCUGGCUGGAGAAAACCAAACUGCAAUUGAUAUUGAUGAGCUCAACCAGAAGUACAAUCAAGCAAGGAAUAUUUCUCGAGACCUAGAGAAACAGGCCAACAAGGUGCUUGCAGAGGCAGAGGAAGCUGGAAACAGAGCCCUGCAGAUCUAUGCUAAUCUCACCAGCCUGCCAACUGUGGAUUCCACGGGGCUAGAGAAUGAAGCAAAUAAGAUCAAGAAAGAAGCAGAGGAACUGGAUCAGCUCAUUGCCAGGAAAUUAAAAGAUUAUGAGGACUUGAGAGAAGACAUGAAAGGAAAGGAGCUAGAGGUGAAGAACCUCUUGGAGAAAGGGAAGGCAGAGCAGCAGACUGCAGACCAGCUCUUGGCUCGAGCAGACGCAGCGAAAGCCCUGGCUGAAGAAGCUGCUCGGAAGGGCAAUGGCACACUACAGGAGGCCAAUACCAUUCUCAGCAACCUGAAAGACUUUGACAAGCGGGUGAACGAUAACAAGACAGCAGCCGAGGAGGCGCUUAAGAGGAUCCCGGCCAUCAGCCAGACUAUUGCAGAGGCCAACAACAAGACCCGGCAGGCAGAGCUGGCGCUGGGCAAUGCUGCUGCUGACGCCCGCGAGGCCAAGGCCAGAGCAGACAAUGCUGAGAAAAUCGCCAGCUCCGUUCAGAAGAGUGCUGCUGCUACCAGAGCCGAAGCCGACAAGACCUUUGCUGAYGUGACAGGACUGGCCAGGGAAGUGGAUGACAUGAUGAAGCAGCUGCAGGACGCAGAGAAAGAGCUGAAGCGGAAGCAGGCUGAUUCUGAGCAGGAUAUGAAGAUGGCAGGCGAGGCCUCACAGGCUGCCCAGGAGGCAGAAGACAAUGCAAGAAAAGCAAAGAACUCUGUGAAUAGCCUACUCACUGUCAUUAAUGACCUGUUGGAUCAACUAGGGCAACUGGARACGGUGGACUUGGACAAACUGAAUGAAAUUGAGGGUACCCUGAACAGUGCCAAAGACCAGAUGAAAGAGAGCGACCUGGACCAGAAAGUGUCUUUCCUUGARAGAGAAGCCAAGAAGCAAGAUGACGCGAUACAGGCCUACAACAGGGACAUUGAAGAGAUCCUGAAGGACAUUAGCAACCUGGAAGAUAUCAGGAAGACCUUGCCAUCUGGCUGUUUCAACACCCCGUCCAUUGAGAAACCCUAAGGGUGYGCUGGGGGUGGGGGAAUCGCCCCGGGGAGCGGUGGUUCGGCCAUGGAGUGAGUGCCUUAACACACAUUACCUUCUCCAGAUCCCCAACUCUUCGCUGCUUGCAGCCACUGUUUUCUUGUCAAAUCAGGAUAAGUUGAACCUUUUUUUUUUUUUUUUUAGAAGCAAAUUAAAUAUCCGUCUUUGGGCAUCAAAGGGGUUUUUUAUAUAGAUUGUUUUCCUGAGCACUCUGCCUUUGCCCCUUCGUCAGACACAAAGUUUCCCUUUGAUUAGUGCAAGGAUGAGAGAUGCUCUGGACUCUUUAUACUGUGGUUCAGAAAUAACCAUGUGAGCUGUAUACGGCAAGGCAAAACUAACCCAACUUUCCUGUCUUCUCCCUUUGACUGUAAAAUCCUCAGUCCUGGAGCUCUUUGUCCCUAUGAAGGAAGGGGAUGGCUACCAAAGUAUAACUGUAAUGGCCAGUAUAGCUGCACUCAAUUCAGAUCCUUCUUCCCAAUGUCUAACCCUGUGAAUAUAUUUUUUUCAUCAUUACCUAGUGGCCAAUCCAACAGUGUUGGUAGCCUUUGACAAACUAGCUGAAGCCUCUUUCUGAAAUGCUUUUUGUGAUGAUGUAUUGUUCUGAGAAACAGGCAGCCUCUGAUUGGAGCUCUUUGGAAAGAUGGGAUACUGGUGGAGUGGUGGGUCUUGCAAGCCCCAUUCCUGUUCUGUGGAAAAGUUUUGGGUCUGGUCUGAAAGCUGCUACCUGCAGGGUAGUCCAGACUGCCCGAAUGUGGAAGCCACAAGCUGCGUUCCCAGCUGUUGCUACUGAAUUUCCGGAGGAUCUGUUUUUCUGGGCUUGGAAUGUCUGACCGAUGAGUUUGUUGAAGCAGGACAAGUCUUGCUGAAGAGGAGAGCUGCCAUCCAGAGAGCUCCAACAGCUGCACUGGCCUCCACGUUGAAUGUCUUUGGGUGGGUACAGAAGGGGGCACACACGUGGAAAUGGAAAGGUCUUUCCUUCUCCCCAUCUCUUUUCUGAAGGAGGACAGUGGCAUUUUUCUCUCUUCUGCCAUUGCUCAUGUCUUUUGCCUGUUUUUAAGYUGUCAGAAAGAGCUGGAAUUUCCCGGUGCCCUCCUUUCUUUUUGCCUCCMGAUCUCCCGGUCACCGUAAAGCCACCGCAGCACAAGGACCUCAGCCAGGCUUGGGUGGCAGCUCUGCCUUUCCCAGCACUCCCUGCAGGCUCCUUCCCCAGGCAGCGCUCGCUGGUGCUGGGUGGGAGUGUCGGGGAGCCCCUGCUCUGAGACAGGAGCAUCCUCUGCAGCUUCCUCCUUGCCUCCAGCCUGGCAUCCCCCCUCUUUCCCUGAGAUCCAGUAUAUAUCUAUCCUUAAACACUAUGCAACUUUGUAUGUUUGCGUAGGGGGGAAGAAACUAUUAUCUGACACACACUGGUGCUAUUAAUUAUUUCAAAUUUAUAUGUUUUGUGUGAAUGUGAUUUUUUUUCAGUUUUUUUUAUCAUGAUUAUAGUGUAAGGAAGUCUCUCAUGUGUGUGUAUGUGUGUGUAAAUAAUACUCAGCCAUAUUUCCAGAGUGGCACAGCCUGGCCUCCUCCAUGUGCUUUUCCCUGUAGCCAUCAGGGCACGUGCACUGUGUAUUGCUUCUCUCCGUAUGGUUCCCUUAAAACUCGGUAUUUCUUCUGGCUGGGCUCCUGCUUGUUUCCCUCUCACGUGUCCCCAGCACCCACCCAUAACCACUGUGCCUGUCGGGUGGAUGCUUUCCAGCCCUGCCCCAGGUGCCUGCAGCGCCCUGUUGUGUGUUCCUCGACCCCUGGGAUGCUGUGCCAGGAGCAGGGCAGGGGCUGUGGCUUUGCAGCUGGGCUAUGAGGAGCUGUGGCACUGUUGGGAGGCUGGGCCCAGCACUGGGGUGGUUGGAGAGCUGCAUUUGGGGACAUCUUGGUGGCACUGUGCGAGGCAGGAGGCUGGGUGCAGGCAGURCUGCUGGGCGGGGUGUGUUCCCAGCAACCUCUGCGUGGCUCUUCUACCCUUUUCCUUCUCACUGUGGGAUUUCCCUGCUGCCUGCAAACACCUCUGGAGGAGAGCUGCCCGUGCCCACGUGUGCAGGGACUUUGGGUCACUCUGGGGAGGUGGUGUGACCACGUCACCUCUGCAAAGGCUGUGAGAAGAGCAGAUGCGAGGACGUGUGCAUGCCCAGGCUGACCUCAGGCCUAAGGUUUCCUGCUUUCUUCUCCUUGGGUUUGUUUGUUUUUUUGGUUUUUUUUUUUUUCUUAGCUGUUUUUAACAGAUUUUUAUUUUUAAAUAAAAAAAAAUCUUUAUAAGUGAUCUCUUAAUCAGUACUGCAUUACAGCCAUUAUUCAUUGUAUAAGUCCAGUUAUUUCUUUACGUAAUGUGAUGAUGACAUGACAGCUGCUGGUGGAGUGCAGGAUGUCACAGACUACAUGUGGCAUCCCUUCAUCACCUCAUUCCUGACUGUGGCCCCCUCAGUACGUGCCUUYACUCCAGCUUUUUUUGCCUUAAUCUGUGGUCUUGCUGUCUGGGGCGGUGAACAAAAUGCAACACUUGCAGUUUUUAUGUAUAAAACAGUAUUUCUUAUUUAUAAUAAAGUUUGAAUAUUUGUAACCCCUUAU